CACCCCCGCAACCCUUUUUAAUUUAAAUUCUGGGCAACUAGAAGAAGUACACGAAUAUGUUCCAGACACUCAGCAGUCAGCUAUCUUAGAUAAAUUAAUAAGAAUUGAUAAGAAAAUUGACAUAAUCAUGACUAAGCUCGAUCGCAACACAAUAGAAAUGGUGGCUCUUCGAUCUGAAAUAUCAGUUAUAAAGGCCAAGAUUUGUGGAGAACUCCAAACGCCAAAAGUCGCGAUGCCUAUUGAGUCCUUUAAGACAGUUGUCGAAUUGGACAGUUUUGAGGAGAUGUUGAAGGAUGAAGCAUUCUUCAAAAAGUUGAUUUCUGAACUUAUGAUGUCAGGCGAGAAAGCGUUUGACAAAUGGAUUCGAAGCUCUUGGCGCUCAAUAGUGUCCGACGACCUCGCACGGCUGUACUCUUGGCGUGGAACCGAGGCCAAGAAAUGUAUAAGGGGGUUGCGCGUUACUCUAGCAAUCCGUUCGGGAUUUAAAGAAAAAUUUUCCCUGGAAGACGCGGACUUCGACCGGAUAACCCAGAAGUUUUUCCAGUACGCCCAGGACAGGAUAUCCAAAAGUCAGAAGCAGAAAGUAAACGUUUAA